GACUUUUAUUUUGAAGGGGAGAGUGGAGGCAGCUGUGGGGAAUGUAAACAGUGCUGGACACUCAAAGCUUCAGGUCCUGAGCUAUGUCGGUGUGCUCAGCCCUCCUGAGCCGGCGUGUGACUGGAGGCGGCUGCAGGUCGCUGUGUGCUGUUCCUCCAUCUCUCAUCCACAUCAGAUCAGCCAGGUUAGCUGAGCCGGGUACAAGAAGAUCUGAAGAGGAACCACUAUGGGAGGAGACAGGGAACCUGCCGUUCUCCAGAGCAAAGAUAGGAUCCUUCAUCCAGGAAAGACCCGUUCUGAAGAACCCGUUUCUAGAGGACGCUUUGCUGAGAGGAUACCUGAGGAGACACCUGCCACACGAGGCAGCUUUUUCAGAUUUAUGUGCAUUUGGAGAGCGUGUGGCUAAUGAGGUGGACGAGUGGGGCAGAGAGUGUGAGAUCACCCCCCCACGGUUGGUGCACUUUGAUCCCUGGGGGCGAAGAGUUGACCACAUCGUGACCUCCUCCGCCUGGAAACGCAUGAAAGACCUCUCGGCACAGGAAGGCCUGGUCGCCAUUGGCUAUGAGAGGUCAUUCGGCGAGUGGAGCCGUGUGUACCAAAUGAGCAAGUUGUACAUCUUCUCUCCGUCCUCUGGUCUCUACACCUGUCCUCUGGCCAUGACUGACGGAGCUGCCAAAGUCAUCCAGUCCAUAGGUGUUUCAUGGCCGGUAGAUGAAGCCUACAGUCGUUUGACCACUCGUCAGCCUGAGCGUUUCUGGACGUCUGGACAGUGGAUGACGGAGAGACAGGGAGGAUCUGACGUGGGCAGCGGCACAGAGACGGUGGCUGCUCCCCAGGCGGACGGUUCUUACAAACUUCACGGCUUCAAGUGGUUCACCUCUGCAACAGACGCAGACAUGACUCUGACUCUGGCCAGAGAGCAGGACAGAUCAGGAGCUACCACACCAGGCAGCCGGGGUUUGUCGUUGUUCUACGCAGAGGUGAGCAGAGGUGAGGAUGGACGACUGAAGGGGAUAGAGGUUCAGAGACUGAAGGACAAGCUGGGCACAAGACAGAUGCCGACUGCUGAGUUACUGCUGGACGGCCUGCAGGCACACAGGAUCUCAGAGGAAGGGAGAGGUGUGGCCUCCAUAGCUAACAUGCUGACGAUAACCAGGAUACACAACAGCAUCUCUGCAGCAGCCGCAAUGAGGAGGGUCGUCCAGUUAGCUGGGGACUAUGCCACUCGCCGCACUGCCUUUGGAAAGCUUCUCAAAGAUCACCCGCUACACAUGCAGACUCUCGCCAGGAUGGAGGUGGAGACCCGUGGAGCGUUCCUUCUGGUGAUGGAUGUGUGUCGUCUGCUGGGCCGAGAGGAGAGCGGCGUGGCGACUGAGCUCGAUGCACAUCUGCUGCGUCUGCUGACUCCUGUCGUCAAACUGUACACUGGGAAGCAGGCGGUGGCUGUGGUGUCGGAGGGUUUGGAAAGCUUCGGUGGACAGGGCUACAUUGAGGAUACCGGGCUGCCUGGACUACUUCGCGAUGCACAGGUGUUGAGUAUAUGGGAAGGUACCACAAAUGUCCUGUCUCUGGACGUGCUGCGCUGCGUGGCUCGUAGCUCAGGAAUGGUUCUUCACGCUUUCUUCACCCACGCCAAGUCCCUGCUUGCAGGAGCAUCGAAUGUUUCCUCCUUGAGCCCGGCGGUGACAGCAGUGGACGCUGCUCUCUCUGAACUGAAGGACUUUGUUCAGGUUGCAGCUACUAGAGAACCCGGCUACCUGGAACUGGCAGCCAGAGACCUGGCUUUUAGCCUCGCUCGCAUCUACACAGGUGCCCUUCUCAUUGACCAUGCAUCUUGGAAAGAAGCUUCUUCAUCUGACACCUAUGCAGCUCUCAGAUGGUGUGAGCAGGACUUGUGUCCUGUGGCGACUCAGCAGGCGAGAGGCUGCUAUGAUCCCAGCACGGCACCACUGGAUGCUGCACUAGUGUAUGACCGGCCGACACAAGGCUGAACGUUCACUGAUAACGGAUAAACUCACUCUGAUUAUUUUGUAAUUUACUGUAUCCCAGAUUUAUUGUAUUUUGUAGAUGAUUUUUUUUAAAUAAAACCCACUU